UAUUUAUUUAUUCAGUAGUGGAAACGGACUUCCAUAGUUAUGUACCAAAAAAAAAAAAAGGAACAAUUUAUACAAAUCCAAAAUCAUUUCUGCACUAGAAAGGUAAGUAAAUAACAGUCAUUGCACUUUUUUUCAGAAAUAAAUAAAUCAAGUAAAAAGUUCUGACCAAGACGGUCUAGCAGUUUGACUUCAGCCACAACAGCUGGAAAUCCAGCUGAUCAACCACCUAAACCAGUUCAGACCACUUCAUGCCCAGCUUCAGAUAGCUGAAGAUCAUCUGAAUCUGGUUUUUGCUGGAUUUUCCAGCAGAGAAAGCCUGAAGCCUAUUGUAGUUUCUGUGUCUCAGAUAUCGACGAGUGUCGCCAGACUCCUGACGUGUGUGUUAACGGCCGCUGUGAGAAUAACAUGGGCAGCUACAGCUGUGUGUGUCGCGCUGGAUUCAGACUGGAGAGAAACAUCUGCAAAGAUGUGAACGAGUGUGAAAACGAGCUUCAGUGUCCAGGAAAAGAGUGUGUGAACUCGGUCGGCUCCUUCAGGUGUGUCUCCUGUCAGCCGGGCUUCGAGCUUCUUGAGGGCCAAUGCCAAGAUAAAGAUGAAUGUAGGCAAAAGCCCACACGCUGCACUAAUGGCCAAUGCAUAAACACUCCCGGCAGCUUCAGAUGUGUGUGUGAUCUGGGCUUCAAUCUACAGGACGGCACAUGCACGGAUCUCGACGAGUGUCUGGAUGCGCUGCAGUGUCCAGGGCAGCAGUGCCUCAACUCUCCGGGCUCGUACAAGUGCGUUCCCUGCAGAGACGGACACAGCAUGCAGAACGGACGCUGCUCAGACAUUGAUGAAUGUGUGAGUCCUCACCUGUGCGGGCCGCAGAGCGUGUGCGUGAACACAGACGGCUCGUACCGCUGCGACUGCUCUCCGGGGUUCAGAGCGGCCGGACCGCGGCGCCAGUGCCGAGACAUUAACGAGUGUCUGGAAGGAGAUUUCUGCUUCCCGAGCGGAGAGUGUGUGAACACGGACGGAUCCUUUAAGUGCGUUUGUGCGCAGGGCUACAGGAGCGCCGCUAACGGGACGUCCUGCCAAGAUGUGGACGAGUGUGUUCAGGAGGGAGUUUGUCAGGACGGCCGCUGCAUCAACACUGAGGGAUCAUUUCUGUGCCACUGCCAAACCGGCUUCACCACCAACCCAGAGAGAACAGCCUGCCUGGAUGUGAACGAGUGUCUGGACUCAGAGGGGCUGGU